AUGUCGACCUACGCGGCCAAGGGCCAAUGGGACUAUCCGCCUCAGGUUGAGCUCUGCUGGUUGUACGCUGCGGCCAAUGACGAUGUUCAUGCUGAAGCACUCCUCGCGUGUCAGGGUUUUGGCUGCACUGUAGCCACAGAUGGCAUACCGAUACUCUGGGAAAUCGAUGUAUCCAUUGCAAACUCGGAUGCUCUGAAGACAAGCUUCGCAGUCAUAUCGUCGACUCCUGACGGAUGUCGUUUUCUCAACUUUGCGGCCGCUUUAAUCGCAUUUGUCAAAAACGAAGACGGCGCGAAAGCGCUUGCUCUCUUGAUGGCAGCAUCGGUAUCGGAUCCUGAGCAGAGAGUGCCAAGCUCGGCAGACCUGACGACGAUUCUCGAAGCCCUUGUGAAGUAUCUGCCUCAGGAAAGGAACAAAGACCUUGCGUCACAAUACUCAGCAGCCGCCCGGCACCACUCCGAUCCCGAAGCCGUGGACCUGGCUUCUUGGAUUAAGGGUUGGGUCGUGCGAAACCACAACAACACUCACGACAUAUCUCCGUUUUGUCGUCGAAUUAAGGCAUUUCUAGAUUGGUGCCAGAGACCUGAGGAAAAUCGCUGA